AUGAGUAUACCUUUAGGCCUCAACCACGGAAAGCUUGCUUUUACUAAAUCAGCUGCUGAUCGCACAAGACGCGUACGCGCAACUCAGAGAAACAGACGUGCGGGCUACAUACAAUUAAUAACAGCCAGCAACAACGAAAUUUGCUCACAUAAUAAACAACAAAAACAAAACAAAAAACAGCAGCAACAACAACAACAACAACAUCAGCAGCAACAGCAGCGUAACCGAUUGUGCAGAAAAUUAUCUACCGGUGUUGUACGCGCUACGGAAAAAAUAUACAAAUAAGGUAUCUAUAAAG